AUGUGCGCGAGCCGGGACGAGAGCGCGCAGACAACCGGAGAGGACUGGCCUUGGAACCAGUGCCUACAACAACGUCUCGUUCUCUGCUCUUUCAGCAUCUUCAGUCAGACCUUACUAACUGCUCUUAAAGAAAACAUCCAAACGACUGCACCUCAGAAACACUUUCUCCCAGGCAGCGAGCCUAGGAUGGAUGACAACGAUGAUGACGUUGUCAUGGACGGUGAGGAUUACCGUAUGGCCACUGGCCCUUCGGCUGCCAACGGGUUUCUAGAUCCAACCACGACAGGAGAGAGCUCGUUAUUAGAGACUACAAAUGGCCAGAGUGCCAACGGAACCGCACAGGAUGAGGACCAGGAGUCCGACCCAACUGCUUAUCCGGAACGUUUGCGGCGGCGUGGCCUGCUCCCGACAGGGUGCUGCUACGAUGACCGCAUGAAGCUGCACGCAAACGCUGACUUUGGGCCCAAUCCCCAUCAUCCCGAGGACCCCUCGCGGAUAGAAUACAUCAUGAAAACCUUCAAGAAGGCUGGCUUGGUGUUCACUGGCUCCGACGCCGACCUGGUGCACAUUAUCCAGAACGAGCCAACCAAGUACAUGUGGCGGAUCCCGGCAAGGGAAGCGACCAAAGAGGAGAUCUGCUCUGUUCACCACCCAGGACAUUUCUUGUGGGUCGAGGGUCUGUCGCGGAAGUCGACACAGGAGCUACGCGAGCUCUCUACCCGGAUGGACCAGGGCAGAGACUCGCUAUACGUCGGCAGCAUGACCUACGAGGCCUCGUUAAUAUCGGCCGGCGGCGCGAUCGAGACAUGCAAGAGCGUCGUUGCCGGUACCGUGAAGAAUGCCUUCGCCGUCAUUCGGCCGCCGGGCCAUCACGCAGAAUUCGAUGCGCCCAUGGGCUUUUGCCUCUUCAACAACGUUCCCAUCGCCGCUAAAAUCUGCCAGGCUGAUUUUCCCGAUCUCUGCCGCAAGAUCCUGAUCCUCGACUGGGACGUCCAUCACGGCAACGGCAUCCAGAAUCUUUUUUACGACGACCCAAACAUACUCUACAUCUCUCUCCACGUCUACCGGGGCGGCGAGUUCUACCCCGGAAAACCCGACAACCCGAUGACGCCCGACGGCGGACUCGAGCACUGCGGCGCCGGCCCUGGCCUGGGUAAGAACGUCAACAUCGGAUGGCACGAUCAAGGGAUGGGCGAUGGCGAAUAUAUGGCAGCGUUCCAGAAGGUCGUUAUGCCUAUCGCCCACGAGUUCAAUCCCGACCUCGUCAUCAUCUCGGCCGGCUUCGACGCCGCCGCCGGCGACGAACUGGGCGCCUGCUUCGUGUCCCCGGACUGCUACGCCCACAUGACGCACAUGCUCAUGUCGCUCGCAGGCGGCAAGGUGGCCGUGUGCCUCGAAGGCGGUUACGAUCUCGAGGCCAUCUCCAAGUCGGCGCUGGCCGUUGCCCAGACGCUCAUGGGCGAGCCGCCCCCGAAGAUGGAGGUUCCCAUGAUCAGCCGCGAGGCCGCCAAGGUGCUGGCUAAGGUCCAAGCCUACCAGGCGCCGUACUGGGAGUGCAUGCGCGCAGGCGUCGUCGACGUUCAAGAGAUGCAGACGCAAGGGUCAUCGCGCUUGCACGACGUGGUACGGAGGGCCCAGCGCCAGGUCCUGUCGGAAAAAUAUGGGAUAAUACCGUUGUACAUCCAGCGAGAUAUCCUUUUUAAGUCUUUUGAGAACCAGGUACUAAUCACUAGGGGGAUUCAGACCUCUCGCAGGAUCUUGGUCAUCGUUCAUGACCCGCCUGAGCUUCACGCACAACCCCACCCUCUAGAUAACACCCUGGAGCCUCAUAACGCAUGGGUAACGGACGGAGUCACGCGCUAUAUCGAUUGGGCCGUUCAGCAAGGAUUCGGAAUUAUCGACGUCAAUGUGCCGCACUACAUUACACAUCCGGAGGAUACGGAUGCCUUCACCGCGCGCGCCGACGAGCGCACGAUCCAGGCUCAAGUGCAGGAACUGAUGUGUUACAUCUGCGGACAACUACCUACAGCUCUCACGAUACGCGCCGCUUCGGGAAUGUCAUCCGCGCCCCAGGUUAACGGCCUCACCCCGAUGAUGGCCGAGCACUUUGCCGAUGUGCAGCAGUUUGUGUUGGAGAGGAUGGGUGAUACUGGUGACGGUGAGGUGGGGGAGUCGGAGGAGGAGGGGGGUGGUGGUGUUGCCGGGGGCAGUGGGAGUAAUAUGGGUUUGGAGAGGGGGGAUAUGAUGGGAACUAUACAUGGCGGAUGGGCUGGACUAGGGGUAUUUUCGUUGCUUCUGCUUUCCAAGGGGUGUAUCUCGCCGAUUCCGAGUUCUUAUCAAACGGAUUGCUCGAGCACCAAGGCAGAGAUCAUGGACCGAGGUCGAAAUUGGAGUAGAGCGCCCCCGUUGCCGUUUAAGCUCCUGCCCAUGGCUGGACGGAUUCCCUGCAACAAGAUGGAAACCAACUUGGCGAUCUUUGGGCCACGGUUCGACGAGUCAGGCCUGGACGAGAAGGCAAAGGCGGAUUAUGUGAAGCGAUGGGGGGACAUCAUCCGCGAGGAGGAGCGCGCCAACCCCGGGUGUAUGAAGAGGUGGCUGGGUCGCUACGGUCCUUAUGCCUCGAUAUCCUCUCCGAUACCCAGCUCGCCGCCGUGUUGGGCGGCGCUCUCGGAGCAGAACUCCCAAACCGCGCGGGUCCUGGGUCGAUUACCAGCCCGAACGGAAAAGCUCGCUUCGACAGGUCUACACAAGGGCAGCCUGUCAUCGCCUCCGCCACAGCACCCGGCUUUUUUGACGCCCGCUGAAUCUGAUAGAUUGGGGGUUACUCAUUCGACACCCACAGUCGACCAGAACCAGGAGUCUCAAACAAGUGCUCAAUUUGCGCUUAUUCGCUUAGAUGGUCUUCACAGCUGCUGA